GUUGACAGUGGAAGCGGCAGCAUAAGUCCCAACAAAAUAUUACCAGAAGUUGAAGUUGUUGAGGGUGGAGACCCCAUGAUCCUAGGAGGCUCUGAGGAUGGGGCUGGCUUCCCCCCUCCUGAUAUACACAAUGAAGCACACCCAAAUACAGAAGUCUCAUGGCUUUUAGGAAUCUUUGCGGUUUUUAUAUCAUGCAUCUCGAGUGGCUUCUCUGGAGUAUAUUUUGAGAGGCUGGUCAAAAGAGGAAAGCAGCCAUCUCUAAUUAUCAGAAAUAUUCAACUUGGGAUGUUUUCUAUUUUUUUUGCUAUAAUAGCAGUGACCAGUGAUGGAGCAGCAAUCUCAGAGGGAGGAUUUUUCCAAGGGUAUACCUUGACCACAUGGGGUGUUGUCUUGAUACAGGCAUUUGGUGGCUUGAUGGUAUCAGUGACCAUGAAAUAUGCUGACAAUAUCCUGAAGGGCUUUGCUACAUCGCUGUCUAUUGUCAUGUCAACACUAGUGUCCUGGUUGGUCCUGGGAGAUGCAGCUCCUUCAACGCAGUUUGUUUUAGGAGCUUCGAUUGUCAUAGCAUCAACAGUUCUGUAUGGUUUGACCCCACAGGCAGCCAAAGGCAGUAACCAAGGGAAUCUGCAACCAAGAACUGACAGCCCUCAUAAGAUUAUGGGGAACAAAAAGUCCAAGUGAAAUAGUAUGACUAAGGCAGAGACAGCUGCGGAAGUGACUGGACAGCAGAGUGAGUAUUCAAGGACAUAUUCAGCCAACAAUGUGAUGAAAUUUCAAGCUGAUUGCUGCACAUAUACAAAUGUUCAUCAGAAGUUCUAAGAUAUGCAUUUCUCUCCCUCUUUUUCAGGAUAUUUUGUUACCUAUGAUAAUAUUAAUAAAAGGUUAUUCUCAGGCUGUAGGAAAUUUAAGGGUAGAAAGUGACCGAUACAGCUUAUUUAAAUAAAGUGUUUAUUUUCAA